UCGUACGAAACCAACACAAGUCGAUAGAGUGAGAGAGGAAAAAAAGAAAAACGAAAAAAAGGAACCCGAUCGCUGCUCUCUUCUCUUUGGAUCCGAAACGGAAGCGAGAAAAUAGAAAGAAAAAUCAAAAAAAAGGAAAGAAAGAAAGGGGCGACCGAAACCCUAACCCUACCGUCCCCACCGCCGUCGUCGCACGCGAAGGAAUCCUCCGCCCAGGGGGCUAGGGUUAGGGUUACCGCUAGGGCUAGGGUAUCUGCGGUGGUAAUGGGCUGCUGUCGCGGGUCGCGUCCAUGAGCGGCGGCCGAUGCCAGGGGCGGAAGAUGACGGGCAGGGGCGCCGCUGGGGUUUGCCGCCCCGAGGAGAAGCCCUGCCCGGUCUCCCGGCCGUCGCCGUCGGGGGAGGCGGCGGCCGGGAUGGAUCUUUUUGCCCAGGCCCGUAAGGCCCUCUCCGACCGCUCCCCGUUCGACACCGAGGAGGCUGGCCCUAGGGUUCCGAUGCUUCCCUCCGGGUUAGCCGCCUUUCUCUCGAAGCCGACGGACGGCCGCAGGAAGCACAAGAAGUCUCAUGGGGAGUCCGGGGACAAGCCCUCAGGGCACGGGCAACCUCCUGCGGCCGCCGACGUGUGGGACCAGACUGAGGAGUACUUCCGGCCGGUCACUCUGGCGGACAUCGACGCGUUGGUUCCUAAGCUCUCGUUUGGCUCUGUUACACUUGAUUCUUGCCUCACCAUUCCCGUCUCUGGAAAUGUCGCCGAAGCAGUGAAGAAAGAUGAUGUCUUGGACGCAGCCACGGUUGAAGCGAGUCCGAGCUUCCGGAUUGAGAAGAAAGAGGUAGUGGUGGAGAAACAGAUGGCCGAGCAGGUGGCAGAGGAGCAAGCAUUGGAAGUUGACGAAGUUGGAGCAGGCGGUGAUCCAUCUCUGGAGAAAGAAGAAGAUGACCGUGCAUCUUUGAAUUGGCUUUUGAGUUCAAAGGAGAGGUUUGUUCUCACAUCUGAGCGGCCUAACAAGAAACGAAAGCUCUUGGGUGGAGAUGCUGGCUUGGAACGACUGUUGAUACUUCCUCAUUCGCAGGCAGAAGGUGCUUCUGUCUGUGAUUUCUGCUGUUCAGUAGACAGUAGCGUGAAGUCAAAUAAGCUGCUUUGUUGUGAUUCUUGCAAGGUUUCGGUGCACCCGAAAUGUUAUGGUGUGCAUAAGGUUCCGGAGGGAGUGUGGUUGUGCUCUUGGUGUAAGCAUUUGGAGGCAGUGGAAAAGGUAUCGAAGAAAGAUGGUGACACCCCCUGUUCGAGGCCUUGUUUGCUUUGCCCAAAAGAAGGUGGAGCUCUAAAACCUGAAGGAAGGGAUUCUAGUAGGAGCGCAAGCGGCAGUGGGUUGAAGUUUGCACAUUUGUUUUGCAGUCUAUGGAUACCUGAGGUGUAUGUGGAGGACAUUGGGGCAAUGGAACCGGUUAUGAAUAUUGAAGGAAUACAAGAGACACGGAAGAAGUUGGUCUGUAACGUGUGUAAGGUCAAGCAUGGGGCAUGCAUCCGAUGUAGCCAUGGAACAUGCAGAACAUCUUUUCAUCCUCGAUGUGCAAGGGACUCCAAGCAUCAAAUGGAGAUCUGGGGAAAGUUUGGAUGUGAUAAUGUCGAGUUGCGAGCUUUUUGCUCAAAGCACACCACUUCUCAAGGUAUGAGCAGUGCCCAACAUGCAAAAAACCUUGCAGUGCUCGUCAAUGAUGACUCUUCAUUAACCAAGGCUCCGCCUGCAAUCCCACCCGCAAAAUGGAUACCAAAGUUAAGACUUACUCGCAAGAAUAGAGCUAAAAGCUUGAUGCAAGAUGAAAUAAAAAACUCUACUUCUAAUCAAAUGGUUAAAAUGGAACCUAGCAUGGAGCUAGAUGCCUUGACUGGUAGAUUAAAAUAUGAAGAUGAUCAGUCAGAGCCAGAUAAUGACAUGGAUACUGAUGGAAUUAUUGAGAGUGGAAACAUCACUAGAAAUUCCCCUAAUAUUGCUGUAAUUCUUAAGAAGUUAAUUGAUCGAGGGAAAAUUAAUAUCGGUGAUCUUGCAUCGGAGAUGGGCAUUUCAAUAAAUUCCUUACAAGCAGCUCUUGUGGGUGAGACCACAUCCUUCUCCCCUGGAUUGAGGUUGAAAAUAAUCAAAUGGCUUCAAACUUCUGUACAUAUGCCUGCUGUGCAACCAUUGAAAGCUAAAAGUGGCUCUGCGAUACUAUCAGAUAAUAAACUUGCAAGGAACAAUGAUCCAAAUGCUGCUAAACCAGCAGGUUCUUAUGUUCAAGGUGAGCACAAAGUUGCUAGCCUUGAAUUGCCAGAUGCUGCUUUUGUUAAAUCCUUACCACCACGGAGAAGAAUGAAAAGCAACAUCAGAAUCUUGAAAGAUAACAAAAUGUUAUACUCAUCUGGGGAGUUACCUUUUAUGCCACAAAAUGGUAAUGCAAAAACAGUUGAUAUGAUGGGUGAAAUUCUGGUUGCUCUCGCUGAAGAUAUGAAAGGAGAUAUUAAUGGCAAGAAUUCUUCUAUUCUUGAUCAGAAUUGCUGCUUGAAGGAGCAAGAGAUUUCAGACAUGAUGGUUGAAGAUACUCUUAAGCCUGCAGAUUCUUGCCCUCCCUUGGACCUACUUCGUGGACAUGAAGGAAAUCCAGUCAAAAUGGAAAGCAAUUGCCUGUCUGAGGCACCGCAUGAGAAUCAGACUACAGUGGAUGGGGUGUCCUCUUUUCAUUCUGGUAUCCAUCAAGUUGACGAGGCUAAUGAUGUUUUGCCCAAUGCAUUGGAGAAAAGUUGCUGGGAGCAUCCUGACUGUAAUGUUGAUGUGAUGGAUUUUGCUAAACCUGAUAACAAAUUUGAUGAAUCAUGUUCCACGUCCCAUGUUCAUCCAUUCAUCAAAAAGUUGUUACAAGCGCAGAACCAUGUUAUUCAAAAAGUUCCUGAAGCAAAUAUCGUUGCUCAUCCUUGCUGUAAUCAGCAACCUUUAUCUUCAUCCCUCACUAAUACGAGUCAUACAUCGGAUGUGGCAAAAAUGGAUCAGCUUUCAAAAGCCAAAAUGAUGGGGAUCUUAGAACUGACCCCUGAAGAUGAAGUGGAGGGCGAACUGUUAUACUUACAGGCUAGGCUACUUGAUAGUGCUGUUGCGGUCAAGCAUAGAUUUGAUGAUCUAAUUUUUAAGGUAGUCCAAAAUCUGCCUCAAGAGCUGGAUGCUGUGUAUAGACGUAAAUGGAACCUAAUUCUUGUCAACCAGUUCCUUCGCGAAGUUAGGGAAGCAAAGAAACGUGGAAGGAAAGAGAGAAGGCAUAAAGAAGCUCAGGCUGUACUGGAGGCUGCUGCUGCUGCGGUUGCAGCUUCUUCAAGGAAUUCAUCACUAAGGAAAGAUGCAAAUGAGGGGAUCAUCUCUACUAAUCAAGAGAGUCCUCUAAGAGUCAGUGGUGUCUCUGGGAGAGCUGGACUACACUUACCAUUGGUGCCACGGACAAAGGAAUCCUCGAGAUCAGCUGUUGCGAAAGUGUCACCAGAUAAGCAUUCUGGGAUUUUCCAGAUGCCAGAUUUUGCUAAAGAAAAUGCACUUUCCUGUGACAUCUGCAUGAGAACUGAGACAGUGUUGAACAGGAUUUUUGUCUGUUCCAGCUGCAAGGUUGCUGUUCAUUUGGAUUGUUAUCAUAGGCUUAAAAAUCCGAUUGGCUCCUGGAAAUGUGAGCUUUGUGAGGAGAUGUCCUUGCAUCCUAGGAGCCCUAGAAAUCAAACAGAUGGUUGGGAUAGAUUCUGCAUUAUCACUUGUUGUGGUCUGUGUGGUGGUGCCACUGGUGCUUUCAGAAAAUCAUCAGAUGGGCAAUGGGUUCAUGCCUUUUGUGCUGAGUGGCUGUUGGAGUCACGGUUCAGACGGGCUCAAGAUAAUCUGGUAGAAGGAAUGGAUACCAUUUCAAAAGGAGCUGACUCAUGCUGUAUCUGCCAUCAGAAUGUUGGUGCAUGCUUAAAGUGCAGCUAUGGACACUGCCAAACCACUUUUCACCCUUCCUGUGCCCGGGAUGCUGGUUUUUACAUGAAUGUGAGCACAAUUGGUGGCAGGUCACAGCACAAAGCUUAUUGUGAGAAGCACAGCAUGGAGCAAAAGGAGGAGGAUAUCCAGCAAUAUGGUGCAGAGGAGCUUAAGAACAUAAAACAAAUACGGGUUGAAUUAGAGAAACUGCGUCUUCUUUGUGAGCGAAUUAUCAAAAGGGAAAAGCUAAAGAGAGACUUGGUUCUUUGUUCGCAUGACAUACUUGCUUCAAGAAGGGAUUAUGUUGCUUUCUCGGUCCUUGUACGGAGUUCUUUCUUCCCUCCUGGGGCCAGUUCAGAAUCUGCCACCACUUCUAUAAAUAAUAAAUCUUACAGUGGAACAAUCCAAAGGUCUGAUGAUGUCACAGUGGAUAGUACUGUUUCUGGCAAGCGUUCAAUUAGGCGCUCCUUGCAUAGUAGGGCUACUGAUCGAAGCACUGAAGACAGCUCCACUUCUCAACCAUCAACAAAGCGGAAAUUAGCUGAUAGGGCAUCUUAUGCUGGCAAGAAACUACCAAAUAGGUCUGUAUCCAUUGCCUUCUGCAAUUCAGAAGAUGGAGAAAAAAACUCUAAGACUAGAAAGCACAAGGAAACCUUCCAGAAGGAGAUUAUGAUGACUUCUGACCAAGCAUCAAUGCAAAAUCAACGGCUUCCUAAAGGUUUUGCUUAUGUUCCCGUCGGUUGUCUUUCCAAAGAGAAGCCGCUUGCCCAUGAUUCGGAGUCUCGUGAACCACGAGAACCUGGUGGGUAGGACCUAAGAAGAGCCUGUUGGUGUUUGUUCUAACUGUUAAGGCCAUCACUAUCCCUGAUGUAUAAUUACAAAAGGGAAUUGACCCUUGGUUGACGAUGUACUGCUGCCAGUGGAAAAGAGAUAGUAGUCAGUCAAAGGGAUAGAGGCUGGCCAAUGUACCUAUACAAGAGAUGGUGCCGUGAUUCGGAAAGUUCUGAUUACCAACUUUGUAUAUCAAUCUGAGAGCAACUGUACAAAGGGUUAGAGUGAGUUUCCAUUAAUGUAUCAUGUGGCUUCCAUCACUUGACUGGUUGCCAUCCUUUGGCUGCACAGUUGAAGGGAUGGAAGAUUGGCUCUUUCCUUGCAGCUGUAUAUGAGGAAUAUAGGAAUCAAUCAGGUUGCAGAUUUUGUAAAAAUAUUUUGUAUAUUCUUACCAUGGCAUCUAUCCAUACUUAGGUCUGAGCUAAUUUUAGGACAACUAGGCUGAUUUUUUUUGACAUGGUUUCUGUUACAGUAUCUCAGAUAUUGCAAUGAAAUGAUUGGAAUUCAGAUAUUGCACAGUUGAUAUCAAAUUCAGCAAUUGUUAAUGGUCAUGGCCGCCAAAGUUCACAAUCCUCGGCUGUUGCCACAAAAGUUUGUUGUUUGUGUUGCACAAUAUUUCUUAACUAAGGGGUUACUAGGUUGUGAUACUUGGUUCCCUCAACACUACUGAAAGGUAGCUGUCUAGGGCUUGGCUCAAGAGUAUAUUUGUGAUGAAUUGCUUCAGAUCUAUGUAUGUUCUUGAUCAAGUACUGGUGCACAUUUGCAGUUGAUAAUACCUUUGCUGUAAUUGCAGGAAUGGUCUAGCCGGAUACUAAUUGAAGAGAUUAGGUCAUGGGAAAUUUAAACAAGCAAAGGUGUGGACAGCUUACAAUUCUAUCCUACUUUGCUUUCACAGUGCAUCUCUUCUUGAAAAUCUCGUCUUCAGAUGAUUUAAAAUUCAGUGGGCUUUCUUAGCUAUAAAAGGCGAUGUGAUGGGAAAAUGCAUCAACCCUGAUUGAACUAGUCUUGCAGCGGUUCAUGGUAUCUGCUUUGUAAAUUGAACGGCUAUGAUUGGCAUUAGUCUAUUAUUUAGUCCUGCUUAGUUCCUCGCAUUGUAAUAUUUGUCAUCUUUGUUAACGUACAGUGUUAAAUGUGGGCUGGCUUAGCUGGCAGCAUGGGAAUGGUAACGCUCUGAUAUUUGGGAGGUUUUAGCAGAAUACUCUUUCACCCCUCCCACCAUUGAGUUUAAUGGAAUUUUAUGAGUCAUUUGAAGGUUUUGUAGUUAUA